AUGCCCAUAAACAUGGAAUUGAUUGAUAAGCUAAAGACACAGAUAUUCAGUAAUGACUACACAGGAAUCAAUGACACGAUGUAUGAAUGUCUAGACAACAUCUUAUGCAAUUACAAUCAUUCACACAUGGUAAUUUUUGCAAGACUGGUUGAAAUGCUUGUUGAAGCAUGCCCAAGUAAGAAGACACAGCGAAUACUCAGGAUAAUUGAUUUGAUCAGGUUUCCUGUAAAAAAGUAA